AGUGGUUUAAUAGGGAUCAGAAAUGAUAAGAUCUAUGACGCCGUGUGUCCCUCUGGCUCACUCUCUGGCCUCACAGUUGUUUCACCAAAGCUGGACUUCAUUUAGGCACCAUGGACAGCAGCAGCGCGCCGUGGAGCUCCGGCUCUCACCCUCCAUCCACCCACAUAGACAUGGCGACCAUUACGCCCACCAUCUUCCCCCGGGUGGGCUACAGUAUACUGUCUUUCCUCAUGUUCAUCAACACCGUGCUAACAGUUUUUAACAACGGGCUCGUGAUUACCGUCAUCCUGAAGAACCCGUCUCUGCUGCAGCCUAUGAACUCUUUUAUCCUCAGCCUGGCGGUGUCUGACCUCAUGAUCGGCCUGUGCGGCUCCCUGGUGGUCACCAUCACUAACUACCAAGGCUCCUUCUUUAUCGGCCACGCAGCCUGCGUGUUUCAGGGGUUUGCAGUCAAUUAUUUUGGUCUGGUGUCUCUCUGCACUCUGACCCUGCUUGCCUACGAGCGUUACCACGUGGUGUGUAAGCCGAGGGCCGGUCUGAAGAUGAGCAUGCGGAGAUGCUCCAUCGGCCUGCUGUGUGUCUGGCUGUACUGCUUGAUUUGGGCGGUGGCUCCAUUAUUUGGCUGGAGCGGCUACGGACCUGAGGGGGUCCAGACCUCCUGCUCUCUGGCCUGGGAGGAGAGAUCGUGGAGCAACUACAGCUACCUCAUCCUCUACACACUCCUCUGCUUCAUUCUCCCCGUUAUCGUCAUUAUCUACUGCUACUGCAAAGUGCUCACGUCCAUGAAUAAGCUGAACAGGAGUGUGGAGCUGCAGGGUGGGCGUUCCAGCCAGAAGGAGAAUGAUCACGCCAUCAGUAUGGUCCUGUCCAUGAUUAUCGCUUUUUUUAUCUGCUGGCUGCCCUACACUGUGUUGUCAGUUGUAGUUGUCGUGGAUCCAGAGCUCUAUAUCCCUCCACUGGUCGCCACCAUGCCUAUGUACUUUGCCAAGACCAGCCCGGUCUAUAACCCCAUCAUCUACUUCCUUUCCAACAAGCAGUUCCGUGAUGCUGCUCUGGAGGUGCUGUCAUGCGGCCGCUACAUUCCCCACGUGCUCCCCACUGUCAGCAUCAACAUGCGCACCUUGAACAGGAGGAGCCGGCUGUCUACCUUAACCAGGAACGCCAACAGCAAGGUGUUGCCCCUGUGACUUUCUCCGGUGA